UGCAUCAUGGGAAGAUCCGGUCUCCAUCUUGUGACGAAACCAUUAGUUGGCGAAGUUGACGUGGCAGAGGUGAAUUUUUACCAGUUUAGGGGCGAUUUUGAACUAAGAUCGCGAUCAGACUUUACAGAACUGUAAACCAAAACAAGAACACAUAUUUCUACCAGUAUCUAGGAGAGAGGUGGAAGAAUUCCUACAAAAAUGGGGCUGACAAUCUCCAGUUUGUUUGGUCGGCUUUUUGGGAAGAAACAAAUGCGUAUACUUAUGGUGGGUCUUGAUGCAGCUGGUAAAACAACAAUUCUAUACAAACUCAAGCUGGGAGAGGUGGUCACCACAAUUCCAACAAUAGGAUUUAAUGUAGAAACAGUGGAAUAUAAAAAUAUCAGUUUCACAGUGUGGGACGUUGGUGGUCAGGAUAAGAUCCGACCACUAUGGAGGCAUUACUUUCAGAACACACAGGGCCUUAUAUUUGUGGUGGACAGCAAUGACAGAGAACGUAUCCAGGAAGCAAAGGAAGAGCUCGGUAAAAUGUUACAAGAAGAUGAACUAAGAGAUGCAAUACUGUUAGUCUUUGCCAACAAACAAGAUUUACCCAAUGCACUCUCGCCCACGGAAGUGACAGAAAGUCUGGGUCUUAGCACACUGAGGAACAGAAAUUGGUAUAUUCAGAGUACAUGUGCACCCAACGGGGAAGGACUGUACGAGGGUCUAGAUUGGUUAUCAAACGAACUGUCCAAAUAGGAGAAGAAUUCAGAUUCUCAAGACUUUAUCCAGGGGAUGGAAAUCACAAGAGUUCCUUUCAGAGAACUUUUAAGGACCACCAGUAUGACUCUGUCACACCUGACACAAAUGUAGAAGAAUAUCAAACACAGCAGAACAUAAUCAGUUAAAAUACAAUAUAUAUACAUCAGUUGGACAGGAGUGAAUUCUCACAGGGAAAUUUGAACAAGUUUAGACUUUGUGUGAGGUGUGACAGGUGUCCCAUUAGUGAGUUUCUGCAUCAAGGAUUCUAUCAAAUAAUAAUUAAAAACAAUUAAAGGGACUCAGCCAGAGCUCUUAAGUGUCAAGAGGAUUGAAUGAAGGAGCAGAUAAAAGGUGCUUUCCAAGACAUUACUGGAUACUUGAUGCUCCUGUCAACCUCUAUGAGGUCAUGAUCAUUAUUGAUCAAGGUCAUGGUCAUUAUAGGUCAAGGUCAUUAUGGGCCAAGGUCAUGAUCAUUGUGGGUCAAGGUCAUGAUAAAUGUGUCAUGGUCAUUGAGGUUUUUCAUCAUUUAUUUCAUCCCAGGCUAUACAUUAAUCUGUGACAGAAAAGUGAUCUUCAUUGAGCACAGAAUUAAUUUUCAAUUUCAAGUGAAAUGGAAAAUGCUAAAAAAAUUAUAUGUUUUAACUGACUAUUUACUGUUACAAUUAUUAAGUAACGUGAUACUACUGAUGAUUUAAUAAAAUCCAUAGAUUAUAUAAUGACUGUAUUAGAUGGAUGCAACAAUUAAUAUUUCGUUAUGGGUCUGGUAGUAUAUUUAUGGAAAAGAGGUUUGACGUAAAGGAGGGAAGCAUUUGGUUUUACAUAUUGUAUUGAUAGUUAAAAUAUUUGUACAUUAAAGCUAGUUCAGAAUAGCUGAACACUGUUAGCUUUGGCAUCCGUGUUGACAGAAUUUCAUGAUAACGUCUCUUAGUUAUUUUGGUGGAGCAAGUGAAAGGGACCAAAUGCAGUGUUGGUUAAAUUUUAUGAAGCACUGCUUUUUGAUCAAAUGUUUCAACACAAUUCCAUGUUGAAUUGCUGCAAACAAAUCUGACAAUUUAUUUGAAGUUGCUGAGAGAGUGUGUUUAAAGGUUAAUUGAAAAAAAUGCAUUCUUAUCUUGUGCAGUUGGUUAAAGGUGUUCAGUUUAGUUUUAAGGUAGUUUUUCUUUUAAAUAUUUUCAGUGUCAUGUCCCUAUUAUUAAACUUUGUGUCAAACAAUAAAAGAAUAUGUACAAACUUA